AUGACUACGCAUACAGAAAAUAUCAACCUCGAGUCCAGCCAUCACAGCGAACCGGGUGAUUCGUCGGCUACAUCUCUCCGCCCGACGGACAAAGGCUUAGCUCCUUGGCUAUUUGUCUUUGCCUCAUUCGUUGCUGAGGCUAUCCUCUGGGGGUUCCCGCUAUCUUAUGGUGUCUUCCAAGACUAUUACUCGAACCACCCUGUCCUUAAGCAUGACUCCAACAUCGCCGUCAUUGGCACUGUCGCUACCGGAGUCUACUAUUUGGGUGGGCCGCUGGCAACACCGAUUGUUGCACGUUACCAAGCCUGGCAACGACACAUGAUUAUCAUCGGCUGGAUUGGUUGCGCCCUGUCGCUCGUGAUCGCCUCCUUCGCCACUUCUGUGCCCGGACUUAUUGCAACCCAGGGGUUUCUCUACGGUGCUUCCUUCCUGUUUGUCAACUACCCGCUUCUGCGGAUGCUCAACGAGUGGUUUGUAGUGCGACGAGGGUUGGCAUAUGGCAUUAUGUCAACCGGCGCAGGUUGCAGCGGAGUUGCUUUUCCCUUCCUCCUGGAGUCACUCCUGUCCAAACAUGGAUACCGGAUCACGCUGCAAGUUAUGGCAGUGGCGCAGUUUAUCACCCUUCUGCCUAUGAUCCCUCUUCUCAAAGGGCGACUACCAGCCUCCGGACGGGGCGUCCUACAGAAAGGGGACUUCGACUUUUUUAAACAGCCACUAUUUUACUGCUUCGCCGCGGCAAACUUCCUCGAAGCAAUGGGGUAUUAUAUCCCGUCGCUCUUUCUACCAACAUAUGCAACGGCCUUAGGCUUAUCUGGAACUGCGGGGGCACUUGUCCUCGCCCUUAACAACUUGGCUACCAUCUUUAGCCAACUCGCUUUCGGUUACAUAACAGAUCGAGUGAACAACGUCUUCAUGCUUGUCUUUGUAUCCUCAUUUAUCGCUUCAGUUGCGACCUUCGCCAUUUGGGGAUUUGCGACGUCUCUCGCGCCGCUUCUUGCGUUCUCGCUGCUGUUCGGACUUGCGACGGGCGGGUUCCCGUGCCUGUGGAACAGGUUUGGGUCCGUUCUCUCACGGGACCCUGGACAUAUUUACAGCCUCAUGGCAUUUGGAAAGGGCGUAGGUAACAUAUUGUCUGGACCAAUCUCCACAACACUGGUGAGGGGCUCUUUUGAGGCCGGCUAUGGUCAGGGCCGCUUCGCGCCGCUGAUCCUGUACACUGGCUCGAUGAUGCUGGGCUCGUCCUUGGGGGUUUUAGGUUUUCCGCUAAUGCGAAAAGCCAAUAAACCCUGA